UUGCGUAACAGCCGUAGGCGCUAAACAAUCGCGUUCUGAACGCAUGAAUGCUGACCCCUUUGGCAUUCCAUAGUGGACAAAUCAAUUCGUGUCAGGUUGCUUACUGUAUCUUUCUAUGGUCAACAUAGGUGUAAUUGUACUUUGAUAACAGAGAGUGGGGUGAAAUGAGUGGGAGAAGGAGGGGACAGCCCAACAGAGGUGGAGGGCGAUUUAAUAAGCCUCGAGGAAGUGGGAGAGGAAGAGGUGGUGGUGGGGGAGGCGGUGGAAAGGCAACAAGCAGUGUCUGGGAUGAUGGUGACGAUUUCAGCCUAGAUUUUGGACCCAGUCGCUCAAGCAGAGGAAGAGGUGCUCGAGGUGGCAGUGGUGGCAACUGGGGUAGCAGCGGAGCUAGAGGUAGAGGAGGAAGGGGGAGGGGCACAAGUGGAGGGAGGGGCACAAGUGGAGGGAGGGGCACAAGUGGAGGGAGGGGUCAAGGAGGAGGGAGGGGUCAAGGUGGUGGAGAUAGGGGAUGGGGUAAAGGUAGGGGUUUACCCAAGUCUCUCAUUAGCCAGACACCCCGGCCUCGGACACUGGAUGAGUACAGGCCUCGCCUCAGGCCUGAGGUGACGGGCAACAUGCCCAUGCAGAAGAUCUUCAUGACCAGUGAGAACCAGGAGCAGGUGAAAGAGCUGCUGAGAGAGCUGCAGACCCAGGACUAUGACGAUGAGCCCUAUGAGGAAGAAGAAGACUAUGAGGAAGAGGAAGAGGAGGAAGAGUAUGAUGAACUGGAUUACAGGGAUGAAGGGCAGUUCUGGACCACCCAUGAUGACCCGGUAGAGAGCACAGAGAGCCCUGUCUGUGAUCCUGAUUCAGAAGAAGACCGACGGCCCUCCCCCCAGCCAGUCAUUGGACUGUUUGCCAUAGGAAAACUCUGCAGGUAUGGUUUUGACCGGGAGCGCAGCAGGCAGGCCCUGGAGACGGGUGUUGGGGAGGUGGGAGCCACCUUGGAACAGCUGCUCCUUCAGGUGUUCUCAGAGCGCUACCGCCCUGAAGCUAUAUCCCCUGGUGGCCUCCAGGGGGCGCCCAUGGACGAGUGCCUUACACAGAGACAGGAGGAGGCCCUGGCCCUCACUGCCAUCUAUGGUGACCGUUUCACCGAGCGCAUUGCAAACAGUGUGUGGACUGUCACUCUGGACCCCGACUUCCUAGCUGGCAUUGCUGGGAGGAAUCGUAAGGCAGACGCUCCUACCAAUGGCCCUGUUCACAUUCGGGACGUCUGCCGCUUCUACCUCAAGGGUGCCGGCUGCAGGUUUGGAGCCAAGUGCAAAUAUAAGCACCAGAUGCCUACUGAGGAGAAUGCCUCAGGUCCCCGGGAACCGGUGGGUGCCAGCCAGCCUGGGUUCAGCAGCUACUCCUCUCCAGAAUACGAGAUGGAGGUCCGCUUCCCCAAAGGGAACCGCUACCCCUUCCAGGCUCCCAUAGUGGCAUUCAGCACUAACGAUGAGGCCAUAGGGGCCGCGGCAAGGCUAAGUGUCACAGAGCAUCUGUUCGGAGAGGCCUUGGCUGCAGCGAAGGAAGGGGAGCCAGUGGUCUACACCUUGAUCACAUGCUGUGAGGACGAGGCCACAAUGAAAGAGUUGCUGUCAGUCACCCAUCAUAAAUACAGCUCCCCGCCCCCUGUAAUAGUGGCUCCGCCCCCCAUUGCCAUGUCAAAGAGCAGAGGUGGGAGGAGUAACGCAUCACGUGAGGAGACCAAGUGUAAUAUGAACACUAGCAGUAACCCAAGCACCAACAGCAGAACGGCCCCAAAUAACAACAGCACUGGCAACAGCAGAACGGCCCCAAAUAACAACAGCACUGGCAACAGCAGAACGGCCCCAAAUAACAACAGCACUGGCAACAGCAGAACUGCCCCAAAUAACAACAGCACUGGCAACAGCAGAACUGUUCCUACUAGCAGGAACAGCACCUACAGACCACUGCAGGCCACUGAAGAUUUGGAAGACGAUGAGGAUGAGGAGGAAGAGGAGGACGUGGUAGUUCCUGAGACCGAGAGCUAUGUCAACUUGAGGAAGAAGAUGGUGAAAAGGCAUGAAGAGAGGACAGAUGCCCGGCAGCAGGAAAACGAGAAGCUGUGUAGAGAGUUCAGGAAAAAAAAGUCAUCCAGGCGCUUCGCCUCCAUGCUGCAGCAGAGACAAAAGCUGCCAGCCUGGCAUGAGAAGGAGAACAUCCUGGACCUGCUGGACACCUGUCAGGUGCUGGUGGUCAGUGGCAUGACUGGGUGUGGUAAGACCACCCAGAUCCCCCAGUUCAUUCUGGAUGCCUCACUGACCGGACCUGCUGAACAGGUGGCAAACAUAAUCUGCACCCAGCCACGCCGUAUCUCCGCCAUCACCGUAGCCGAGAGGGUUGCACAGGAGCGGGCGGAACGCCUCGGUAACUCCGUGGGCUACCAGAUCCGCCUGGAGACUGUCAGGUCCGCUGCUACCAGGCUACUGUACUGUACCACCGGGGUGUUGCUGAGGAGGCUGGAGGGGGAGGCCGACCUCGCGGGGAUCUCUCAUGUCAUCGUGGAUGAGGUCCACGAGCGCACGGAGGAGAGUGACUUCCUGUUGCUGGUUUUGAAAGAUCUGAUGGCACAGAGGCCAGACCUGAAGAUCAUUCUGAUGAGUGCCACCCUCAACGCUGACCUCUUCUCCCACUACUUCCACAACUGUAACACCAUCCACAUACCAGGACGCACUUUCCCCGUAGACCAAUUUUUCCUAGAAGAUGCCAUUGCCAAAACCCGGUACGUGAUUGAAGAUGGCAGUCCGUUCAUGCGCUCAGGCGGGGGGAAGGACAAGUCGUCUUGGGGGGGCAGAGGGGCGGCUAAAGAGCCCGUGGACCAGCUCGGGGAUGACAUGUGGUCCUUCAUGAACCUACAGAAGAAAGACUUUGUCAAAGACUCAAUCCCUGAUCAGCAGCUCGGUCUUCAGGAGCUCACGGUCCGGUACAAAGACACAAAGAUGUCGGUUCUGAAGACCAUCGCUGCCAUGGACCUGGAUAAGAUCAACAUGGACCUGGUUGAGAACCUGCUGGAGUAUAUUGUGGACGGUAACCAUGGCUAUCCUCCAGGUGCUGUGCUGGUGUUCAUGCCGGGCCUGGCAGAGAUUAAGGCCCUCUACGAACAGCUCCAGUCCAACAGGAUGUUCAACAACAGGAAGAGAACCAGGUGUGUGGUGUACCCCCUACACUCGUCCCUGUCCAACGAGGAGCAGCAGGCGGUGUUCAGCCGGCCGCCAGACGGAGUCACCAAGAUCAUCAUCUCCACCAACAUCGCCGAAACCUCCGUCACCAUCGACGACGUGGUGUACGUGGUGGACUCUGGCAAGAUGAAGGAGAAGAGUUACGAUGCCUCUAAGAGCAUGGAGAGCCUGGAGGAGACGUGGGUGUCGCGUGCCAACGCCCUGCAGAGGAGGGGCCGUGCGGGCCGCGUGGCCUCUGGGGUCUGCUUCCACCUGUUCACCAGCCACUGCUUCCAACACCAUCUGGCUGAGCAGCAGCUGCCGGAGAUCCAGAGAGUCCCCCUGGAGCAGCUCUGCCUCAGGAUUAAGAUCCUGGAUGUGUUUGCAGAGCGCACGUUGGAGUCUGUCUUCUGCCGGCUCAUCGAGCCCCCGGCCACGGGCAGCCUGGACGCAGCCAAGCAGCGUCUGCAGGACCUGGGGGCUCUGACCGCCGACGAGAAGCUCACCCCUCUGGGCUACCACCUCGCCUGUCUGCCCGUGGACGUCCGCAUUGGCAAACUCAUGCUGUUCGGGGCCAUCUUCCGCUGCCUGGACCCUGCCCUCACCAUUGCUGCCAGCCUGGCCUUCAAAUCCCCCUUCGUGUCUCCGUGGGAUAAGAGAGAAGAGGCCAAUGAGAAGAAGCUGAAUUUUGCCUUGGCCAACAGUGACCAUCUGGCCCUGCUGCAGGCAUACAAGGGCUGGUGUAAGGCAGCCCGGAACGGGAACCAGACGGGCUACCAGUACUGCAGAGAAGGGAGGGGGAUGAGGAACUUCCUGUCCAGUCGGGGAUUACAGAGGCAGUUCACAGAGCUGCUUUCUGACAUUGGCUUCGUCAAGGAGGGGCUGAAGGCCAGAGUCAUUGAAAGGAAUGGCCACCAAAGGGACCGACGGUGUCGUGGAGGGCUACCGGCCGCGAGGUAG